CGUAUUGAAUGACCAACCAACCAACCAACUUCUUUUUACAUCGCUUUCCGACGAACUGCGACCUCACCAAGGUGGCUGUCAGCUGUCUGCCUGUUUCUCCCAAUUCCUCCCAUCUUCUUCUCAUCAUCUAAUCUAGUUGGGCUUUCCACAGCUCUCAUACAUCCCCAUCCCAACUGAUUCCCGCUCCCACUUCCCGAAAGUCUUCACUUUCACCACCACCACCACCACCACCACCACCAUGGGUAACACAUCGUCAAUGCUCACGCAGUACGAUAUCGAAGAGGUUCAGGAACACUGCAACUGCACCUUUUCGCAGCAGGAGAUAGUGUCACUGUACCAGAGGUUUUGUCAGCUCGAUCGCAAUGGCGGUGGUUUCAUAUCUGCCGAGGAGUUCUUGUCCGUUCCUGAAUUCGCCGUCAACCCUGUGUCUCAGAGAUUGUUGAGGAUGCUGGAUGGAUUGAACUUUAAGGAAUUUGUGGCAUUCUUGUCCGCAUUCAGUCCUCGUGCGACCACACAACAGAAGAUUGAAUUUAUUUUUAAGGUUUACGAUUCGGAUGGCAAUGGGCGAGUCGCAAUGAAUGACAUGCUGGAAGUUUUGCGGGAUUUGACUGGACAAUUUAUAUCUCAACAACAGAGAGAGCAAGUUCUAACCCAAGUCCUUGAGGAAGCAGGCUACACAAAGGAUUCUUUUUUAGUUUUGUCCGACUUCAUGAAGAUUCUUGGCAAUACUGGUUUGAAGAUGGAGGUCGAGGUUCCAGUGGAUUAAACUCGAAGGAACAAAAAUAAAUUCUUGUAAACAACAUUAAAUGUUGUCAUUUGUUAUGUCAAUUAUUCUCCUGUUCUCCCUUUGGUGCUCCAUAGGCAUUUCUUGGCUUUAGGAUUUUCACCAUUAAUCUGCUUAUAGUUCCAUGGCAGGGAGAUGCUUGUACUGUAUUUAAUUAAUAAACUUGGAACAUUUGAAUUAAAUUGUUCUCAGCAGCACAUUAGCCAUUCA